AUGGCCUCCCAGUGUAAGGAGAACUACGAACAUUUCAACAUCCAGAUGAGGCGUAAGUUAGUCAAUAAUUUGCUCAGCAUCAGCACCAUCCUCAUGAUGUUUGAAGGAACAGUGGUGGAGAUCUCCAAGAACUCAGUGAUCGUCGAUGAAAAGACGGUGACUCUGCCAUACAUCGUAUCAGGGCUGACUGUCAUGGAAACCGCAUUUGAUAUUAGUAUUGAAGCUAAGAUGGGAAUUAAAUUGGUCUGGAACCAGGACAACUCCAUGGAGAUUGAAAUUGAUAAAAAAUACCAGAACCAGACAUGUGGACUCUGUGGAAACUUUGACGGCAUAAAGAAUGAUUUAAUGAAAAACGGAGCUGAGCUGUCUGUCAAGGAAUAUGCUGACACCUACAAUGUGAAUGAGCCAACAGAGAUUUGUGAGGAGAUUGAGCUCAGCGAAGUCCCGAGCUGUGGCGAAAAGGAAUUCUGUGACGAGAUCUUCUCCGGCCCUUCAUUCAGUAGUUGCCAGACCCUUCUGGAUGGAGAAUCCUUUACAAAAGCCUGUAUGGCUGACAUGUGCAACAGUGAAAAAAAAGAUUACUCUUUCCUCUGCAAAACCAUCACAGAGUACUCCAGACAGUGUUCCUAUGUAGGUGGCAACCCCACCCAAUGGAGAAAUGCGACAUUUUGCGACAAGCCAUGUCUAUACAACAUGGUCCACAUGGAGUCCAGCAGUUCAUGUCCUGACAGUUGCUCCACGCCUCAGGCCAGCCAGACAUGUAACAGCCACGACAAAGAAGGCUGCCAGUGCCCUGCCGGAAUGGUCUUUGAUGACAUUAGUGGCCCUGGCUGUGUUACAGUGGACAAGUGUCCAUGUGUGCACAACAACAACAUCUACAAGUCAGGAGAGUCCUAUUCUUCCAGCUGUAGAACCUGUGUGUGUCAGAAUGGAAAGUGGGCGUGUACGGAGGAGAACUGUCCAGGAAUGUGCUCUGUGGAGGGCGGGGCUCACAUCAACACCUUCGAUGGAAAAGACUACAGCUUCCAUGGGGACUGCUCCUACGUCCUGGCUCAGGUACAAAGUGAUGGCUUAUACACUGUGCUGGUGGACCUGGUCAAGUGCGGUCUUGAUGACAGAAGUACCUGCCUUAGAGCUGUAACUCUGAGUCUAUACAACAGUUCUGUGGUUAUUCAAAUUCAUGCAACUGGGCAGAUCUACGUGAACCAUAUUCUUUCUCAGCUUCCUCUGUUUACAUCGGUAGUCAGAGCCUUCAAACCGUCAUCCUUCUACAUCGCCAUCCAACCCAAUGUGGGCAUUCAAGUGAUGAUCCAGAUGUCCCCGGUGAUGCAAAUCUUCCUCUUAGCUGACCCUUCGCUCAAAGGAACCAUCUCUGGAUUGUGCGGGAACUUCAACAACAAAAUAUGUGAUGACUUCAAGGUGAAUAGUGGGCUGGUGGAGGGCACCGCAUUCGCGUUCGCCAACGCAUGGAAAACUAGAGCCAGCUGCCCCGACAUCACAGCACGCUUUGGACACCCCUGCCAACAAAGCAUCAGCAAGGAUCAUUAUGCCAAGUACUGGUGCUCCAAAGUAAUAGAUCCUCAAGGAGUGUUUGCUCCUUGCCACUCUGUCAUUAGCCCCAGUGUAUUCCAUGAUAACUGCAUGUAUGACAGCUGCAACUGCCUGAAGGCUGAGGACUGCAUGUGUGCCGUGGUCUCCUCGUAUGUCUUUGCCUGUUCAAUGGCAGGAAUCCACAUCUCUGACUGGAGGUCGACCGUCUGCGGCAAAUGGGGUACAUCAUGUAAAGCAGGUACAGUGUAUGCGUACAACAUGACCAGCUGCGGUCGUACCUGCCGUUCCCUCAGCCAACCGGACUACUCCUGCAAGACCAGCUUCACCGCGGUAGACGGCUGUGGCUGUGCCGAGGGAACCUACAUGAACGAGGAGGGCGUUUGUGUGCUCCAAGAUCACUGUCCCUGCUACGAUAAAGACAUCAUUAUUCCUGUUGGACAGACUAUCAGCAACUACGGCUCCACAUGGGGUUCACUAACCAAGACCAUGAUCAGCACAAGCUGUAGAUCUGGCUGCAUGUGCCCUGAUGGCCUGGUGUCAGAUGGAGCAGGAAACUGCAUCAACGAGACCAACUGUCCAUGUCAGCACAAUGGGAAAGCAUAUCAGUCUGGGGAGACAGUGACUGUGGACUGCAACACCUGCUUAUGCAGUGGAAGGAAGUUCACAUGCACCACCAAUGUGUGCGAUGCAGUUUGUGGGAUCUAUGGCGAUGGUCACCACAUCACAUUUGAUGAUAAGAGAUAUGACUUCAGCGGAGACUGUGACUACACACUCCUUCAGGACUACUGUGGCACCAACCAGAACGAAGGAAGCUUCCGGAUUAUCGGUGAGAAUAUUCCAUGUAACACAGGAGCCACCUGCACCAAUAACAUCCGGAUCUUCCUGGGGGAUAAUGAAUACCAACUUAAAGAUGAUAACUUCCAAAUGGUUAAGGGCAGUGGCCAGGUGCACCCUGAUCAGUUACAGACGAUGGGUCUCUACCUGGUGUUGACGAUCAAGCCGGGUCUUGUACUCAUGUGGGACAAGAAGACCAGUCUUUAUAUUAAACUUGCCCCGGAGUUCCAGGGCAAGGUCUGUGGUAUGUGUGGAAACUACGAUGGCAACAGUAAGAAUGAAUUCACCACACGCUCUCAGGAGACGGUGACAGACGUUCUAGAGUUUGGUAACAGUUGGAAGGUUUCAACCAACUGCCCAAAAGCCGAACUGCUCACUGAUCCCUGUACUUCUAACCGCUACCGGGCAGCCUGGUCCCAGAAACAGUGUAGCGUCAUCACCAGUGUCACCUUCCAGAGCUGUCAUUCACAGGUUGACCCAGGUCCAUACUAUGACUCUUGUGUGAGGGACUCUUGUGGUUGUGCCACUGGUGGGGACUGUGAGUGUCUCUGCACUGCUGUGGCUUCAUAUGCCAAAGCUUGUAAUGAAGCUGGAACCUGUCUGAAAUGGAGAACUCCUAAGCUGUGCCCUAUUUUCUGUGACUAUUAUAACAAACCUGAUGAAUGUGAAUGGCACUACAAGCCUUGUGGAGUUCCCUGCAUGAAGACAUGUAGGAAUUCUUCGGGAAAAUGUUCCGGCCUCAUCACUGCCCUGGAAGGCUGCUAUCCACAGUGUCCCCCAACACAGCCCUACUUUGAUGAAGACAAAAUGACCUGCGUUUCCAAGGACCAAUGUGGCUGCUAUGAUGACAAAGGAACCCAUUACACCAUCGGAGAAAAGGUUCCAUCGAACAACUGCUACACUUGUCCCAAGAGAUUAGGUUAUUUGGUGACUCUUAAUUAUAUGUGA